AUGAAAAAAAUAUUAUUGCUCACCAUUACCACCAUUACGGUGACAACAUUAAUUGAAUGUUAUACCGGCGUACCAAGAAUGCCGCAAUUUGGUUUACGUAUUCCAAGAGCACCUAGGUUUCGACCACCAUCAUUUACGCCAUCAUCAAAUGUACAAUCACCACAAUCACAAUUAAUGUCACAAGCAUCAUCACAUCCAUUUGCAUCACAAAUUAGACCAUCAUCAUUACAUAUGGGUUCAAUGAUUGGACAUUCACCACAACCAGGUUUUCCAUCACCAAUGUCACAUCAUCAAAUAUCAUCACCAUCAUCAUCACAUUCGAUGCCAUUUCCAAUGAGGCCAGGACCGCCAAUGAUGGAUAUUCCACAUUCAAUGAUUCGACCACCACAUCAUCCAAUAGCGCCGAUAUUUGCAUCAAUGCAUCAUCAUACACAAGCAUCACAUCCACCACCAUCAUACCAUCCGAAACCUUCAUUCUAUCAUGGUAAAACCGAUGAUUGUCCUUUCCCAGGAUGUGAAAUGGAACCAACUUAUAAUGGAGAAGCACCUGUUCCAUCGCCAUAUCAGGUUGAAUCACCAAUGAUUCCAUCAUUGACAUCACCAGAUUCCAGCCCAUUAGAUUUAUCGCCACGACCACCACUAGAUCAUGAACAAUAUGGAUCCAGACAACCAAUGUUAUCAAUGGGUAAACAACCGGUUAAAGUUGUUUAUAAACCAGUGGUUAAAUUGGUUAAAGUUCCAGUCGAAGUUCCAGUAAAAGUUAGACAACCAUAUCCAGUUAAAGUUCCUGUACCGGUACAGAUACCUUUUCCAGUAAAAGUUAUUCAACGUGAAAAAAUUAUGUUUCCAAUUGCAGUACCAUUUGGUCAAGUAUUACCAGUAACAGCAUUAGGUUCUCCAGCACAAAUUAGAUCAUCAGUAAAUUAUGGCAAUGAAAAUACACCAACACAAGGUGGUUUUGUUGCACCAUUAAAAAACUAUCGAACUUAUCAUGAUGAAGGCGAUAAUGAUAAUUCAAUUUCAAUUGAUCGUGGAAUGGUCGGUUGGUCACCAAUACGAAUACCACCGCAAUCAUCAUCACAUCAGAUGGCUGAAUCCAGAAUGUCCAAUGAUGGUAUCGAUGAUGAUGGUGAAAAAGAAGCUGUAGAUAGUUUCAUGCAAGAUCGAGUUGAUAAUGAUUUUGCAUUUGGUGCAUCAAGCCAUAUUGAUUCGAUUCAUCGUCCAGUAUCGAUUGAAACACCAUAUGUAACCGGUAAAUUGAUUAAAUCACCAAUGAUUAUCAGUAAAAUGCACAAACGGUCAUAA